AGAACUCUCUUAUACCAUUCAGAAGUGAAAUGUCCCUGCAUUCUAUUAUUAUACUUAGUACUUUACAAAUGUUUAUCUGUGAACAGAUCUAUUUUCGUUUUACUGUAACGCCCCCAUACUCCCCCCUCACCGAUGUGUUGCGGUUUAAAUGUUUGGUUGGGGCUGCUUUUAUUGAUCCGACCAACUGUUAAGUUAAGGUUAAGGAUGUUUUGCGAUAACAGUUGAACAGAUCCAAGCCGGCGGCACUUAUUUAGAGAACGUCAGGGUGAAUUCAUUCUGCUUUACAAUGACAGUAUUUCAUUUGGAUGACUUCUUAGCCGGAUGGAUUGGAGGAGCCUCCAGUGUGGUUGUUGGACAUCCUCUUGACACAGUUAAGACUCGUUUACAAGCAGGCAAAGGAUACAAGAACACUCUACACUGUGUUGUAACGAUCUACAAAAAGGAAACUGUUACAGGCUUUUUCAAAGGACUUUCCUUUCCACUGGCAAGCAUCACCCUUUAUAAUUCUGUGGUCUUUGGCUUCUUCAGUAACACACAACGACUCAUUAGCAGAUAUCGCUAUGGUGAUGUUAGACACCCAUCCAGCAUGCUUGAUUUAACUAUAGCAAGCAUGUUGACUGGCCUGGUUUCGGUGGGGGUGGGUGCUCCUGUUGACCUUGUAAAAAUUAGGCUCCAGAUGCAAACCCAACCUGUUCUCUCAGAGAAUUUUAACCUUGCCGGAAAUGGUAGUGUCCCUCUUCGUUCAAUGGGAAUUCAGGCCCAAUCUAUGUACAGAGGACCACUCCACUGCAUUAGUACCAUACUGCAGAAUGAGGGCAUCCAAGGGCUUUACAGAGGAGCGGGAGCCAUGAUAAUGCGAGAUGUACCUGGUUAUGCUCUUUACUUCAUCCCGUACACAUUAUUCUGUGGCUGGCUGAAUCCUGAUGUCAAUGGCUCCCCCCAUCUCUGCUCUAUAUGGCUUGCAGGAGGUUUAGCAGGAUCCAUCUCAUGGGUCACAGCCACACCAGCUGACGUGGUAAAAAGUCGGUUGCAGGCAGAUGCCAUGCAACAGAGGAAAUAUAAGGGUAUUCUGCACUGCAUCAUGCAAAAUUACAAAACAGAGGGAAUACAUGUUUUCUUCCGUGGGGCGACAGUGAAUGCUAUCAGAGGAUUUCCAAUGAGUGCUACCAUGUUUCUAUGUUAUGAACUUUCCCUCCAGUUUUUCCGAAGUUUUUAACACUGCCAGUCUGUUUCUUAAAAUUUUGAAUACACAUUUAAAUAAUAUACUCCUGCAAAUAAUUUUAGAGUAUUCAUGAUUUAAAUGGCAUGUAUAGACUUACAUGUGACUUACAUUGAUGUGAGUUUGUUGUUGAUACACGGAAGAAUAUCAGUGAAGAUUUGAGGCAUUUCUUAUAUUAAGAAAAUUGUGGUAAAUAGGUGAAUAUUUUGAACAUUGUUUUACUCAAAUAUUUUAAUAUAUGAUUAUGCGUCAUCUGCAUGUGUAUGCUGUACAAAAUUUGAUUUUGCACAGAUUUAUUUGCUUAUGAUACAUUUAAACGUAUACUGCAUGGCCACUAUAGAGCACCUAGCAUUUUAUUAGCCUGUGCUUGAAUAAGUUUUUAACAAUUUUUAACAAUAUAUCAUUUUUAAGAUAUGUUUAACAGGCUCUCAAAGUGCCUUUAAAACGAUUAUCUAUUUUCUGAUGUAAUAUGAUGCAAAUAUGUAAAUGAUUUAAAUUAUAUUGUAAACUAGUCAAAUAAAGUAUCUGUGUUUGAAUGUUUCACACUAUUCCAGUGCUAAUACUGAAGAAUUAGUGAAAGUUUGAAUGGGAUUAUACAGUAUCUUUGCUGGGGUAUGUCAAAAAGUUUUUAUUGAAAGCACUGUUGUCAAAAGAGUAGAUGUCCUUUAAAAUAUUUUGAUUAUUUCAUGUCCUCUUUGAGUCCUGAUUACGCAAAAUGAAGAAAAAAAUUCUCUGCCAAAAUUUUCAAAAAGUUUCCCCUCUGAAUUUUUUUUUCUCUCUCUUUUUCAAAAAGUUCCCCCGCUGACAUUUGCUUUUCUCCCUUUGUCUCUCUCUUUCAAAAAGUUUCCCCCUCUGAAUGUUUUUUUCUCCCUCGUUCUCUCUCUUUGAAUUUUUUUGGUUCUGUGAUUUUUUUUCUCUGAAAUGUUUCUCAUCUCAAUGGGUUUUUUUUUCUCUAAAUGUGUGUUGUUGUUUUUUUCCCAAGGGGGACACGAGAAUAUUGUUUCCUGCUAGUUAACAAUAAACAUGUGGUACCAACCUCAGCCACCAGGUGCCACUAUCAGUAAGCAUGAAAUCUUAUGCUGACAAGGCGACAAGAUGUCUGUGGUUCUUUAUCUGUUCAUUUAUAUAUUUAUAGUUAUGGUAUAAUACAAUAACAAAAAUGUUUUGCAAAUCGUAAUAAAAAGAACAUAAUGCUAGGGAGAU